AUUAUCAUACUGUCGAACCACGCAAAAACCGAUAGUCCCUAUCAGAUUAGGCGCACUGCACUCGGUCUCGGAAACGAAACGGAAAACCAACGCGAGAACGUGCGAGUCCUCUGACUUGUCGCGGACGUUUUGCCGACCUUGUUCGCAGUUUCCAUUCAUCCGAUCCGAACAAGUAAGCAUUAUUCGCGUACACACGAUCGAUUCCCGUAACUGAUACGCUAGACGAAAUGUCCCUCGCCCAGAUUCUACGCAACGCUUUUCAGAAAUUUGCCGGUGCUACUCCUCGAGUGCCCUCUUCGUCUUCCGGUUUCUUAGCGCCGUCAAACUCGUGGUCCGUGGACUUGAUUCGCACGAAAACGCGUUAUCAUUUUCCCCGGCCCAGCGAAAAGAAACGUAUUAAAAAACAUGGCUGGUGGACGAGGAUGGCCACAUUGGCGGGAAGGAGAACGCUGCAGCGCAGAAUACUCAAAGGCCGAUACGUCCUGAGCCAUUGAUUUUAUUUCGUUGCUCAUGUCUCUUUGUAUAAUAAAUAUAACUAUAAAAAACAUUAGUGUUCGUGCAGCAUCUUGUGCUCAUUAUAUGUGUAUCUUGUAGACUAAUAAAAGAAUAUUUUUUAAUCA